AUGCCAGCCUCCAAGUACAUCUGCGCUAAUUGGAGCCCUGAUCGAACGGAUUGUAAGAAACAAGGCACAAAAGCUUGCAAAAACUGUCUUCUUGUUGUUUACUGCGAUCAGGCAUGCCAGACUUUCCACUGGCCUACACAUAGAUCCGCAUGCAGGUCGCCCCUGGGUAAAACAACGUGGCAGCCAGGUUGGAUUUUAGAGAAUAGAGCACCUUCGUUUAUUGGGGGAGGGAUGGCGGAACAGUUUGGGGCAAAGAAGUACCUCUGGGGCAACGUCCCUGCCUUCGACAUCCUCCGACUUGGAUCAAAUGAAGGAGCUGAAUAUGGUAGAGGGGUGAGCAUCCUCUGUGCCGCCUCCGGGGAUAUUCGAAAUAUUGUCAAUACGAUUGCCCAACUUCCGACUAGCUAUAGGCACUCCCUCCGCCUUGUGAUCAAUGACCGGGAUUUCGAUAUCGUGGCCCGCAACAUUAUCUUGCUUCUCAUAGCCCUCGUGGUUGAGGAAGUGGACGAGGCAGUUGACUGCAUGAUUCAUCUCUGGUACUCAGCGUUUGUACGCAAGUCUGAUACAGAGAUCAUUCGCGGCCAGGUUCGUCCGCUCAUCGAGAGCGUUUGCGAAAAAGUGAAAAACAAACCACCUCAAACGCUCUUGGGGAAAACAUGGCAAUUUGGGCGACAAUCUCUCCGGGUUGUCCUCCAGAAAUCAUCCUGGGACCGCCUGUUGGCUUUGUUUGACGCCCCGUCUGGCCUGACAGCUGAACGCGCACACCAAAUCCGCACUGCCAUCACUUUAGCUGAAUCAAGGAGAGACUAUCGUGAGCGACACAUGUGCUUCCAGUCUCCUCCCCAUCGAGUUGCAUUUGAACGAUUCCGUGCAGACGGCCUCCUGCUCCCGUUUGGAUAUCCGCGGCACGAAUUUCAAGAGCCCAAUCUGUCCUUCUUUCAGAAUGCUCAUCAUACCUGGCCAAUGCCUGACAGCGCUGAUCCUCUUCAUGGGUGGCCAUCCGAGGACGUUGCGAAUACCUCCAGCGGCGCAGCAACGGCUGAUAUAUACGGCAAGCUCUUCUUUUAUCUCCAGGGAACGCUUCGGACUUUUCUUGAUCGACUCUCAAGCCUUGAUGUCUCGUUUCGUCUCUUCCAGGUCGACGCCAGUGACCUGCCGCAAUACGUCGAGAAGGAUUCGUUUAGCAGAAUUGAGGUGUCCAACAUUUCCGAUGCCGGUUGGUUAGGCAUCCACCGCACGCUGUAUUUGAUGGUGCCUUUGCUUGAAACGCCGCUCGACAACCCUCAUGCGACCUUGAUUACCCUAUUCAUGAACGCCGUAGAAGAGACUUUAACCGGCCAAGACAAGAUCCAUAUUCUCACUGCAGAUCGCAUAGCCAAAGAAAGACUCUUGAAGUAUCUCCCGCCCAAGCCAGGACUCGCGUUUAAGUAUAGUCCCUGGAUCCUCAAGUUGACCGCCGGGCAGGAUCUUGUCACAACCUACGACCACAUCUUCGACCGAUAUUCGAAGUGGUUCAUGUUCUCCGAGGCCCCUCUCUUUGAAGCGGCCAUGAAGGAAAACCAUACUGUCAUUGACAAGUGGCCGUAUAGACUGAAACGACGACCGGGCCAACCGGGAGCACAAGAGGAGUUUGACCGGCAACUCGGUAGUGGCGUAUCAAGCAAGGAGCGUUAUAUGGAGUGGAGGAGGCUUUAUCAGACUAGCAUGGUCUAGGAGCGAAUCUCGGUUGCUCGAAAGCGCUCCUAGCAUACUCAAAGAUCCAAGACCUCCUCCUGGGUUUCUU